GCCCAAUAGCAAGUGGAGAAGGGGAAAGAGGCUGGUCUGAGGUCUUUAUAAACGUCCAAUACAUCCGCGCUUCAGUUGCACGUAGUAAAUAACCAAAUCUUUGUUAUAGUGAAGAAAUAGUACUGAGGCGAUUUGCAAACCAUUUAAAGAGUGUUUAAGGACUUGUUGUGGGUGAUCACCAGUGGACAAUCAAGCUUUACCGGACUAUUUUCCUGCAGUAUCAAACUGGCUCAAAUUAAGAUCCUACAUCUGUACAUAUAAGAUCCACAUUGGAACCUGUUUAACAAGAUUGUAUCAGUGGUUUCCUCAAUUGAAGACAUGGAUGAUAUCCAGGUUGCGUCAAAAGCACCCCUGCUUGUUGACAGGGAAUUGCCAGGGUUGAGAGAGGCUGUAGCACAACUCGUGAUAAAGGAGCACAAUGUAGAGACUCCCCAUGGAAGGAUCCACUGCACCAUGAAGGGGGUGCCCAAAGGAGACCGCCCCGUCAUCCUCACCUUCCAUGACAUUGGACUGAACCACAAGACGUGCUUUGACUCCAUGUUCCAGCAUGAGGACAUGCAGGAGAUCAUGCAGCACUUUGCUGUGUGCCAUGUCGAUGCCCCUGGACAGCACGAGGGGGCCAGCACCUUCUCUACCGGGUACGAGUACCCCUCCAUGGAUCUGCUGUCUGAGUCUCUCCCCCUGGUCCUCAAGCAUUUUGGUCUGAAGAGCGUCAUUGGAAUGGCCGUCGGAGCUGGAGCCUACAUCCUUGCAAGAUUCGCUCUGGACUACCCUACGUUGGUGGAAGGCCUGGUUCUGAUUAAUAUCAACCCCUGUGCUGAGGGGUGGAUGGACUGGGCUACAAACAAGGUCACUCCUUUGCCUGACAUGCUCAUCGGCCAUCUCUUCGGAAAGGAGGAAAUCUCCAACAACCAUGACCUUAUCGCCACCUACCGCCAUCACAUCAUGAAUGACAUGAACCAGUACAACCUUCAACACUUUGUUAAAGCUUACAACAGCCGGCGGGAUCUGGAGAUUGAGAGGCCCAUUCCUGGUGGAAAAGUCACCGUCAGAACCCUGACGUGUCCUUCUCUGUUGGUGGUAGGAGACAGCUCUCCGGCCGUUGACGCUGUGGUGGAGUGCAAUACUAAGCUGGACCCGACAAAGACCACAUUGCUGAAGAUGGCUGAUUGUGGAGGCCUGCCCAUGGUUGACCAGCCUGCAAAGCUGACAGAGGCCUUCAAGUACUUCAUUCAGGGAAUGGGCUACAUGCCUGCUGCCAGCAUGACCAGACUGGUCCGCUCUCGCACGGCGUCCGGAUCCAGCAUCCACUCCAUGGAAGGCAACAGGAGCCGGUCUCACACCAACGAGGGAAACCGAAGCCGGUCUCACACCAACGAGGGAAACCGAAGCCGGUCUCACACCAACGAGAAGCGUGGCCGCUCUCACACAGACAGUAUGGAAGGCACAGCAAACAGCAGCGCCGCUCUCAAGUCCACCGAAGUGUCCUGCUAGACGACCCUUAUCCUCAACCUUUAACCUCCAGCCCUCUGGUUCCUGCUGCACUGCCACUAACCACUCUCUCUCUCUCUCACACACACACACACACGAUUCCAUUCCAUUCAAUGCAAAGAGUUGUUUUUGUAAAGAUAUGCAAGUAUAUACUACGGCAUAAUAAAGGAAAUUCUGUAGAGGGAAGAAAAAACAAACUGAAAUUAACUCAUCCCUUCCCAAUUGCAGAGUCCAGUGGAAUAUUUAGGUGUUAGGGGCAACGCAGCUGAGCUACACCGCAACAGAGAAUGUGGGAGAAAGCUGUUGCUGCAGAGCGAGUACCUAGUACACCAGUUUGUACAUUUUUCUUUUAAAUCUCUCAUAAGGAUUUUUUUGUUUGUUUGUAGUGUUUUAUCACAUCUGACAGAGUUUUCUUAAAUACGUACCUGACUGUAAAUGAGUGCUUCUUUCUGUUCUCAUUGUUAUUGUUCAUUAACUUUUCAGUGUUAUAAUUCAUGUUCUGUGUGAUAUAGGAUAGACAGUGUUAGGCCUAGAUGUGGAGAAAGAAAAGGGAGGCAAGUGGAUCAAGUUAUUUUGCUCAAAUUGAUAUUCGUCUUUGAAACCGUGGGAAGGAGGGAAUCGGAAAUGUAUCAUACAACACAUUUCUGUAACCAUUCCUCUGUUUCAUGAUGUUGUCCAUUCAUUUUGAGUUAAGUCUCCUGGAUGUUCUGUAUCUGUCAACUCUGUGGAAUCAAACCAUUUUAACUGUUCUAUUCUAGAACAUUCCAUAAUACACUAUUAUUUUCAUUAAUCAAACACAACAAAAACUAAAUUGAUCAGCUUUGAAUCCUAUUGCUUUAUUAAUAGAUCAUGGCUUCAGGCAAAAAAAUAUAUUUUGGAUAUUUUUUGUGUGUGUAUGUAAAUGUUUUCUAUGCAAUCAAGCACGGCAGAACAAAGAUGAUGUGCCAUGGAAACCUUCUCUGACUUAAAGUUAUUUUGUUGUGAAGGAUUUGCGAGAGUCAAGCCGAUAGAUCCACAUAAUGUAAUGUGAGGAUAGUUCUCCUUAGAACGUAUCAAAAACCCUCCCACUCUUACGUGCACUACAGCAACACUUUGUAGAACACAGGCCUACAUCGCUUUUUAAAGAUGCACAACUGCCUAAUGCUGUAGAUGAGAAGCAUUAAAUAUGGCAUAACAGUUUUGUAUUUAUUUAAUAAAUAAAAACCUAUAACUUUU